AUGAAAUUAAUUCUUUUGGUGAGUGGUUUGUUUGUCUCGCGAAACUUCCGAAUUUGUGCCAAGGCUCGGUACAGCUUGAAAGACCCACAGGCCUUGGCGCAAUUCCUGCAAGAAGCUGAUCUUCGGUUGGUACGGGCCACGUACUUGGUCGAUUUGGUUCAUUCGAGGCGGCCGUUCCCUAGAAGACAAGAAACAGAAUCAGAACUGUUUAUUUGUGGUGACAAAACUGAAACGGCGUUGGUAACCCAUGCUGAAGUACAAAACUGGGCCUCAGGGGGCCAGAGAGCGAUCAUUUGCUCGAUUUCGCACGCUUGGGAAGCUAGGGAACAUCCCGAUCCGUGUCGGUAUCAGCUGCAGCACAUCGUCAACCACGCCGGUUUGUAUGGUGCUGCCUUUGAUGCAGACAUCUGGGUGUACUACGACUAUGUAAGUUUGUUCCAGUAUCAGCGAUUGUCUUCGCACGAAGAACAAAGUUUUAGAAAAGCUAUGGAGCACAUGCAUCUGCUGUUUGCACAUGAGUGCACCUUGACUUUCACCAUCGAGACGUUAACUCCGGAGCAUGAUCGGGAAACGAUGCUAGAUUUGGUGCCAGUCUUCGAAUUACCUAGCCGCAGUGUGAAAGCAAUGCGAUUGAUAGAUUUGGUGGAGAACCUCACCCCGUACAGCCUGCGUGGAUGGUGUAUCGCCGAGACUGAAUGGUCAUUGCUGAGGAGGGUGAGUGCUCAGCGCCAGCAGAUCGACAGGCAAAAGUCUGACAAAGAUGAAUCUAAGGGUGACAUUGCAGAGGAUGGUCUGAACGGAAGGGUGCCGACGGCGCCGCAUCAUUUCGCUCAGCAUUUCAUUCCAAACUUCAGGUUUACCCACAGGUCUGACGCAGAGGCCGUUAUUUACCUUCAGCGAGUCAUCUUUCACGAGAAAGUCACAUGGUGUGAGCACCUGGUGCUUGAAGGUCUUCCAGCCUGUGAGAUUUUGUCUCUGUCACACGUACUCCCCUAUUAUGAAAAAUUGAAAAGCAUGAAGUUAAAGACAUUCAGAUGUGGCGAAGCAGAAGCAAGAGCCUUUGGCAAGGCUUUGGCGUUGAGUCGAGUGGAGAAACUUGAAGUGCACAACAAUGACCCCGAGAGCAGCAAAUUCCUGGUAGAGGCUGUCUCAGAGGCCUUGGAGACAAAUAUGUCUGUAUCAGACAUCAACAUGGAAGGCAAUGACAUCAGUGCUCAGGGAGCUAAGGCUCUUGCGAAGGCCUUGAAGAUAAAUUGCUCUGUGAGGGACAUCAAACUGGGUUACAAUCGCAUUCUCGACGAGGGGGCCAAGGUUCUGGCAGAGGUCUUAAAGGUGAAUACAUCCGUCAGAGACAUUCAUUUGGAGCGGAACGGCAUUGGCAUCGAGGGAGCUAAGGCUCUUGCGGAGGCCUUGAAGAUAAAUUGCUCUGUGAGGGACAUCAAACUGGGUUACAAUCGCAUUCUCGACGAGGGGGCCAAGGUUCUGGCAGAGGUCUUAAAGGUGAAUACAUCCGUCAGAGACAUCCAUUUGGAGCGGAACGGCAUUGGCAUCGAGGGAGCUAAGGCUCUUGCGAAGGCCUUGAAGAUAAAUGGCUCUGUGAGGGACAUCAAACUGGGUUACAAUCGCAUUCUCGACGAGGGGGCCAAGGUUCUGGCAGAGGUCUUAAAGGUGAAUACAUCCGUCAGAGACAUCCAUUUGGAGCGGAACGGCAUUGGCAUCGAGGGAGCUAAGGCUCUUGCGGAGGCCUUGAAGAUAAAUUGCUCUGUGAGGGACAUCAAACUGGGUUACAAUCGCAUUCUCGACGAGGGGGCCAAGGCACUUGCGGAUGCUUUGAAGACACGUGACACCGACCAGACUGCCAGCGACAGUGAAGCUGAGGACAGAAUGGGCGACCAACAGAUUUCAGCCGUAGAACCUUUUGAAGCACCAGUCCGUUUAAAGGCUCUUGCAGACGCCUUAAAGACAAAUAGUUUAUCGGGGGACAUUGACUUGAAGGGCGAUUCCAUUGGUGCGAAGGGAGCGCAGGCUCUCGCUGAAGUCUUGGAAACAAAUACUUCAGUGCGGAACCUCGACCUGAAAUUUUGUCGCAUUGGCGCCGAAGAAACCAAGGCCCUGGCCGAGGCUUUGAAGGUGAACAGUUCUGUUGAAGUCAUCAACAUGAAACGCAAUGACAUUGGCACCGAGGGAGCUAAGGCCCUGGCAGAGGCUUUGAAGGUGAACAGUUCUGUUGAAGUCAUCAACAUGGAAGACAAUGACAUUGGCACUGAGGGAGCCAAGGCCCUGGCAAAGGCUUUGAAGGUGAACACGACUGUUAGGAUCAUCAGCAUGAAACACAAUGACAUUGGCACCGAGGGAGCCAAGGCCCUGGCAGAGGCUUUGAAGGUGAACAGUUCUGUUCAAGUCAUCAACAUGGAAGACAAUGACAUUGGCACUGAGGGAGCCAAGGCCCUGGCAAAGGCUUUGAAGGUGAACACGACUGUUAGGAUCAUCAGCAUGAAACACAAUGACAUUGGCACCGAGGGAGCCAAGGCCCUGGCAGAGGCCUUGAUUGUAAACACGUUCGUCAGCGACAUCAACUUGGCCAACAACGGCAUCGGCGUCGAGGGAGCCAAGGCCCUGGCAGAGGCCUUGAUUGUAAACACGUUCGUCAGCGACAUCAACUUGGCCAACAACGGCAUCGGCGUCGAGGGAGCCAAGGCCCUGGCAGAGGCCUUGAUCGUAACCACAUCUGUCAGCGAGAUCAACUUGGCCAACAACGGCAUAGGCGUUGCAGGAGCUGAGGCACUAGCAGAGGCCCUGAUAUCAAACACAUCUGUGAAGAAUAUCAACUUGGUCAACAACGGAAUUGUUGUCGAAGGAGCUGAGGUCUUAGAGGAGUUGUUGGAAGAGAAGAAACGGAUGGGUUUCGGGCUCCCCAUUGUCUUCUAAGAGGAACAUUGGGAAGAGCAACAGAUCAAAAUGGUCUUGUGAAGUCGAUUGCAUUGAACAUGGUGCA